AUGUGCAAGAAGCACAAGCACAUCUUGCAGACGAAGGAGAGCCUUGCGCAAGGGAAGCCGCUCAACAAGGAGCAGGAACAGGUUCUUUGUUCCAAGCCCACAAUGCUCACUCUCAUCGACUACUACAAGAAGCUCCAGUGUCCCCUCUCCGUCACUGUCCAGGAGGAGCUCAACCUCGCCUCUUCCGCCACCACCCCUGCCGUAUAUCCUCCUCCUCCUCCUAUCUCUACCCCUCAAGAAGAAACCCCUAUCCCCGUUGAUGACAAGGAUGAGCCGGAUCGGGCCGUGAUUGACAUUUUGACUUUGGCCUAUUUCGGGUGUUUGUUCGAUGUCAAGCUGCUGAGCGAGUUUGCGGCAAUGAUGUUGACCAGGACUCAUGAGCAUGACUGCUGCUUGACCUAUGACUAUGUGACGGACGAUGCCACCGACCUGCUUGGUGAGCAGGAUCUCGAUGUAUCCUUUAUCACUUCGCGGGUAAUCUAUUUAGGUGUCUUGCAUAAGGAGGCUCUCCAUGCCUGCCUUCAGCACACAAAGCUCUGGCUUAUGAACGUUGAUCAGCCUAUCCAGCCUGGGACAUCACUCAUCUGUUAG